GGACUCAGCACCCAAAUGUUGUGACCGAGUAGCCCACGAUAUAACGUGACCACAGCUUUCCCCCUCAAGGCCGACUGAAAACUGGCAAACAAAUAAGCGCACCUCAGAGCGCCACGUGGAUCGAACUGAUCGUAUGGCAUAUCAAGAUAAUUUACCCCUCAUUCCCCAGCUAAAUACGAGAAUUGAGAGCAGCCAAAAACAUAAGGAGCGACGCAAGGUGUUCAAGCAAACGUAAACUCGGCCUGUUCAAGAAAAUGGGGAAAAACUCGUCCAAGGAAAGCCCUCCAAAUAGGGAAAGCGAGACCAAAGUGUUUCGGGUACCGACAACCUCCGAGAUAUCCAAGCUCGUCUCGGAUGAGCUCAAUUCCACCGACCAAGCUGUCCAUUACUCCAGAUUUUUCACAAGCUCCACAAAUUCCGGUGCCCGCCCUAUCGCAGACUCUCCCUAUGGCUUCGACGACGAAGACAUAAUGAUGGCUGAGCCAGAAAGAGACAAAGAAGCCGUAUGGAAUUUCCUAAAGCUAAGUCAAGAGAAUCAAGAGAGAGAUUAUCAGAUCGGGGUUGCAUUCGUCAGCGAUCAGAACAUCAGUGAUGGUAAAAUACACCUCGGUCAUGCAGCUGUUGUCUUGCGGGAUCACGACUUGAACGAACAGUUAACACUACGUUUUGUGUCGAAGAUUACCGAGCAGGUCAAUGGCGAACUUCCCACGGAAGACAAUCUCAGACUUCUUCAUCUCUGUUUCAAUAAAGUCGGUGGAAAACCAGACGAGAUGGUGUUAGCUCUUGAGCCAAGGAUGUUUCCGCUAAAGUUCUAUCGCCACAUUGAGUUGCUCCAAGUCCGCACCACGGAACGAUUAUUAAAGCACAUAGCGGUUCAAUCAUGUCCGCGAAAUCAUCGCGAUAUAGUCGAUGAUUGUGCUACAUUCGCCCGCAACUUCUUUAGGAAGUUACUAACUCAUCUGAGAGAUUGUGGAGCUAUAAAUGAGAAGGACCUCGAGGAUCAAGUCAGAACCUUGGUAAAACACAUUCAUAUCGAGGAUGGAUCGGCGGGGAAAUUUGAGAAUGAGUCCCGAGAAAACCGGACCUUAGGUGAAGUUGGGAAUACCUCAGUGCGCCGCAUCUAACGAGGAGGAAAAGUGUGAGCGAUUCAGCGAUCCAACUGGCAGCGAAUCGGUCAUGGGACAAUUGCGAGAUGAUUAGGAAAGGCACGAUCUCAAUGGCCGCCAGAUCAGGAAUGUCGUCCGGGCAGCGCAUGCCUUGGCGUCCCAGGAAGGAGCUGUGAC